CUUCGACCGUUACAGACACAGCAGUAGCAGCGGCAGGUGGAGGGUGUUGUAAUCCUUCGUCUUGCGGGUCGUUUCUCUGGAAAAUAUCCAAGUAAAGUUUGCUCCCCAAAGCAGAACCCUUCACUGCAGCGACGAUGGCGGAAAGCGACAACAAAAGCGCAAAUGUUUUAGCUCAGGAAACGGCCCAGUUAGAGGAGCAGCUGCAGGGCUGGAGGGAGGUGAUCCUAGCCGGGGAUCGGGUCCUGCGCUGGGAGAAGGUCUGGUUCCCUGGAGCCCUGAUCGGCGCCACCACUCUGGUCUUCCUGCUGAUCUACUAUCUGGACCCGUCGGUGCUGACCGGACUGUCCUGCACCGUCAUGCUGAUCUGCCUGGCUGAUUACUUCGUGCCCACCGUCGCCCUCAAAGUGUUUGGCUCCAAUACGUGGACCACCGAGCAGCAGCAGCGUUUCCACGAGAUCUGCAACAACCUGGUGAGGAGCGAGCGCCGCGUCGUCGGCUGGUGGAAGCGUCUCUGCGCCCUCAAAGAGGAGAAGCCCAAAGUGUAUUUUGCCUCAGUGGUCAGCGGCCUGCUGGCGGUGGCCUGGAUCGGACAGCAGGUCCACAACCUCUUCCUCACCUACCUGAUCGUGAGUUUUCUGCUGCUGCUGCCGGGCCUGAACCAGCACGGCGUCAUCUCCAAGUACACCUCCAUGGCCAAGCGGGAGAUAAACAAGCUGCUCAAGCAAAAGGAGAAGAAGACCCAGUAGAGGAAGCGAGCAGAGCGACGAGGAGAACGUUUGUAGACAAGCAGGAAAGCAGAAAGCACUUUUUGUUUUCACACAUUGGACAAGUUUUAUUUCUUCGCACCUCCCACAGUGUGACAUUUAAGCUCAUCACCCCUUAACCAGGCAUGCAGGCACCACAUGACGAUAAUCACGCGUGAAAAAUCCUUGUUUCUAGAUCAGCUGUGCUUUGUUUGAGUGUCAGCGACGCUUUCAGCCAUUCCCACGGAUUAGAUGGCGACUACUGAGCAGUUCCGGCGUUGCUGCUUAUUUUUAACCCGUUUAUACACAGUAACUGUUUCUUUCCGGGGGGGUUUUGUCAGGGUGAAACUGGAGAAUGUGGAAUAAGAGAGUUUUUAUGUUUGCUUAUUGUUGCUUUUGUUGUAUUAGAACACAGUGCUGAAAACUAACUGGAUUUAAAGCUGAGCUAAUCAGGAGGUAAAACCGCCUGAAGGUGGAAGUUCUGGAGGUUCUGCUGGAUCUGCUGGCUGAAAACGGGCCUGUCGGCGCUUUUAAAACCCCACUGAGAUGUGAUGGAUGGGGUCUGUGUGUGUAAGACUGUCCUCUGUCCUGUUAGACUUUUUUCUUUUCCUAUUUAUAUGUUUGAUCUCGUUUCUCGUCUCAUUUCAUUGUCUUUGAGAUCCCAGCAAUGAAUAAAGUUUAAUUUUAAACCAUG